CCCGCUUACGGCCCCUUUAAGAAAGCCGCGCGGCUCUCUGACGCGACGUCUCUCGGCCCUGCUCCCCUGCCCGUUUUUCUGCGAAAUCAACAAGAGACGAAGGCAAGCUAGUAUCCGCAAGCUCCGAGCCAACGGUGCUGGCUUUAUCUCUCCACACAGUAGGAGGGGCGGAGGGGGACGCAACUGGUAUUUCUGUUUAGUUUUUUUUCUCCUCUUCGCCUCAGUGUUCGCCUGUCUAACCGCUCGACGCGCAGCAGGAGACGACAUUGAGUCGGUGCACAGAAACAAGCGGAUAUUGUCGGCAUGGAUGGAUCAAGUGAGCAGAUUUCGCCGUCACACUGGCGCUAAUUUAGAGGUCCUGAGCAGCAGGUGUACUGAAGGAUAAAGCAGACUCACGGCAAUCUCAGUGUUCAUGAAACUUUGCUACGAUUUACGUGCUGGGGUUGCCGUCCGCCAUGUUAAGGUAAAGCCCAGGUGCGCGGUGUUGACCAUGCUAAAGCGCCUGGACAAGAUCCGCUUCCGAGGCCCCAGGACUAGAGACGACUUCCCGGAUCUGAACGAGUCGCCGCCCGCCUCCGACAACGAAUGUAGCGACGACAUGCAGCUGAAGCCGAGAGCAGCGCCGCGAGACAUCGAGGAGAGCCUGCAAGACCCUGCAGGUUCGGAGUCUCCCAGCAUGGCAGUGGCCAUCCAGGACUUCCAGAGGUCGGAGUCCGACCGACUCAAUGAAGUCAAAGGUCACCUGGAAAUUGCCUUAUUGGAGAAACAUUUCUUACAGGAGGAGCUGAGGAAGCUGCGGGAAGAGACCAAUGUGGACUCUCUGCGGCAGGAGCUGGACAGGGAGCGGAGCAAGAGGAUAGACCUGGAGCAGAAGAUGAACGAGGUGCUCAAGACCAGGCUGGAGGACUCUCCGCCGCAGCCUCCCCGGAAACAGCAGUCGCCCUCAAACAAUGAGACAGCAGAUAAACAGCAGAAGGAGGUCUGGAGCUCGCGCCUUCAGAAGUGGCUGCACGAGCGCUUCGGGGUUUACAUCGAAGACUUCCGCUUCCAGCCGGAGGAAAGCACCGUGGAGGUCGAGGAGCCGCUAAGUGCUAAACGGCUAACAGAAAAUAUGAGGCGACUCAAGCGAGGAGCCAGACCCGUCAUCAACUUCUUAAGGAACCUCUCCGCCUUAUCUAAUUGGCACUCCGUCUACACCUCAGCUAUUGCCUUCAUUAUCUACAUGAAUGCUGCUUGGCAUGGCUGGGCCAUUCCCAUGUUACUCUUCCUGGCUAUCCUGCGCUUGUCCUUAAAUUACCUCAUCGCCAGAGGUUGGAGGAUCCAGUGGAGCAUUGUGCCUGAGGUCUCUGAACCCACGGAGCCUCCCAAGGAAGACUUGACCGUGUCUGAGAAGUUCCAGCUCGUACUCGACGUUGCACAAAAAGCCCAGAACCUGUUUGGGAAAAUGGCAGACGUUUUGGAGAAGAUAAAGAACUUGUUCAUGUGGGUGCAGCCGGAGAGCACACGGAAACUUUACAUUUGCCUGUGGAUGGCUUUCAUCACCUCCUGCGUCCUGCCGUACAAGCUGAUGGGCUUCAUGAUGGGCCUGUACGCCGGCAUUAAGUUCUUCAUCAUAGACUUCCUGUUCAAGAGCUGUCCGAAGCUGCGGGACAAGUACGACACGCCCUUCAUCGUGUGGAACAGCCUCCCCACGGACCCUCAGCUCAAAGAGAGGACCAACGCCACCGUGUUGCGGCGGCUCUCUGGCACUGAGAAGGUAGGGACUCUGAUUCAGCCAGUGGUCUCUAGGAACAGCCUUGCCACCAUCCCAUGUGGGGUGAGCAGGGAGGAGGAGGCGGGGCGCUCCCACAGCACCAAGAAGGGAGCGUUUCAUGAGAUCUUCAACCUGCUGGAGUCAGAGCGCCCUCUGGCGGUGUGUGAGAACGGCUGGAGGUGUUGCCUAAUAAACAGGGACAGGAAGAUGCCCACGGACUACAUCAGGAACGGAGUGCUCUACGUCACAGAGAACUAUCUGUGCUUUGAGAGCUCCAGCUCCAGAUCCACCUCUUCCAAGAAGAAUAAAGUUAUCAAGCUGGUGGACAUCACUGACAUACAAAAGUACAAAGUGCUGUCGGUCCUACCAGGAAGUGGGAUGGGCAUCUCCAUAGCAACUCCUUCCACUCAGAAGCCGCUGGUGUUUGGCGCCAUGAUCCACAGAGACGAGGCUUUCGAGGCCAUCUUCACCCAGUACGUGAAGAUCAUGACCACCACCAAACCACCAGCCAGCGCGGAGCUCUAGGCGGCCUGUAUCUCGGCAACAGACCCCCACCCCGGGGCUCGCAUCGGGGCGGGGGCAGAGAGCCUCCUGACAUUCAACUGGAAGACACUUGGAAAACCCCACCGCACCCCCUCUGCUCCGUGUGAUUCUCAUCAUGUAGUUGGGAUUUAGUUGCAUCACACACACUUUUCGGUGGGUGUUGGAUAAUUAACAAAAUCGGGGCAGGGUUGAGGAUCGGUGUGAUUUUGAUCAAUCGGUAGAAGGCUGGCGGGGGGCGGGCUGGUUCUCCUCUCCCACCUCGCUGACCGACUGAUUGGUUUCCUGACUUGCUUGUAUCCGUGUUUGCAUGUGUGAGUGGGUGUGUGCGCAAAAAGCGAUGGUCUUAACGCGCGUCAAGUGGCUCUAUUUACGUCUGCCGCGGUAGGAAGAUGUCAAGAAGUGCUAACGUCGGCCGUCAGAUGAAUAUCAUACGACACGUGGACAGGAGGUUCUCUUAGCUGCCAGACGUCUGUAGGAGCACACAUGUGAAUGUUAGCUCUCAGUGCAACAGCAUUUAGAUGUUUAACUGGCUGACCGGUGCCCAACACAAUUAUGUGAGUGGUAAUUUUUUUCUUUUUUUUUCUAAAUAAAUGUGUACUAGCUGUGGAAACGUCAGAUCGCUGUUUAACUGACGCGGAGCCUUUCUGUUGGUUCACAUCGCUGCGGUCGGAGUCGUAUUUGUCCUCUUCUUGCUAGACACACAGCAGCAACAGUUUGUUUUAGUCUUCUUUGUCCACCCAACGGAAAACGUACGCAGAGUCCAGCAUCCGCUUCGCUUCUUCGCUUUUUUGUACGUCUGAAACGUGUUGGGAUUUUUCAUUUUUUUUUUUCAUUCCUUUUGUGAUUUUUAAAAAUUUAUUUUUAACCGAGUACCUGGUGGUCACGGAGCUGCUGACUGCGUCCGAGGCGAGAGCACAACCACCGGUCAAAGGUUCAAACACUGACUGCCAUCUAGAGCUACGGAGAACACAACCUCCCCGUGUCCACGCUUCUCCCGUCAAGGCACAAUCUGUACAUAUAGAGAGGGUUUCUACGACGGUAUUCUCGCUGCACUUUAGUACAACCACAACUGGAAUUCGUGACAUUUUAGGUUUGCGGUGAAUCGACUUUAAAUAUAUUCCCUAUUUGAGCUGGAAUCCAGUCAGUGUUGGCUAAUGGUCUCAAAGCGACCGCUUGUGUCCCGUGGUAUUUCUCGCUUGCGGUCAGAGGACCUUGUAUUAACAACAGAUUGACGUCUUCAAAUGGACCCUAAAAGAAGGCGGUACUUUGGCUCGCGCGUUAUAGUGUUGCGGUAUUUCCGCCUUUUUUAAAUCCUAAAUAUAAACCUCCAUUGUCCACCAGUCCAGAUAUUAAACGUGCCUCUUUCUGAUUGGCUUAUUCUGACUUGCAUCAAUGACCAGCUCGGGCUGUUUGUGGUCACAUAAGUAGUGAUAUACGUUCUGGAGUUAUUUAAAUAAUUUGUUGUCAAACUGGAAAACUAGAACGAUGAGCUGACAUGCCUCAUUUCAUUUUUUUGUGUCUUUUGCCUGAUUUCUCUCCCUUGUCUGUAACAUCCAGGUGCUCUUCCACUUGUUAUGUAAGCGCUUGUAAACAGUCGUGUGUGAAGUAUAUGGAUACAAGUCUAGACUGAACGUAAUAUUUCGAUGGCACUUUAUUUUAAAGAGGCCGUUCGUGAGAUUGAAGCCGGCCUUUACUCUCGCAGAGCGGUUGGAUCCGUAGACGUGUGAUGCCAAACUACAGCCAACGCUACGCCGUGUUGGGGGAGAGGAGUGGAGGCGGGGCCUGAUGGGACUUGGGGUCAUUUCUCUUCCGACUUUAGUACGAGAGACGGUAGCUAUUCCACCUUCCCAGCUCCUAUCUGCCGAGCAGCACACGCUUUAGUUUAUAAUGUGUACAUCUUACAGAACACUGUUAAAAAAGGGGGAUGCCUUGACAUCUUAUAUUUACUUUAACUCACUGGACACCUCUUCAUGGAUGAUGCAAGCUCACACUCGUGAACUUGGUCCCCUACGAAUCUAGAUUAUUUUCUUCUAUCUGCACUUCACACUUCAAAUGUCUAGGUUUCCCUUAAAGUCCAAACAAGUCAUCUUAUCAUGAUUAGAAUCAACUGAGCUGGAUAUGAAGUUGCCCGAGAGGCAGUGGACCAGUUCAAAGAACCACUUUUUCUCCCUUUUUCUUUUUUAUUAGUUCAAACUAAUUAAGGAUGGAGAUUUAUUAUUUUUCUCUCUCUGACGUUCAUUUGUAUGAUUUGACUUGUCAUCAAUCGGCUGCCUUCCCAGAUAUGGAUUUUAUAUUUUUGUUUCGGAAUAAAUUGGAUCCAUGACCAGGGGACCCCUGUGGGAUAUUGGAGCCGGUGAAACCAGUAAAGUAAUUAACGCUGUGUCACUGUGUGAUUCGAUGGCUCGUUGUCGUCCUUAAAGCUUUUACCUGCAGCCUUUUGUAAUCUGUGAAGUCUGAAGACCAGUUCUCUGGGGGUCCAGAGACUCCAACAAGGCUGCACAGAAUGUAUCACAUUCUAAAUGUCUCAAAUAUAUAUAUAUUUUUUUCUUCUUUUUGCCAAAUCUUUUAAUUUUCCAUCUGCCAUAUUCUGCCUACGCUCAUGUUUACAGAAGGUUGUAAAAAAAAUGUGGUAUUGUUUUUCUUCUUUUUCUUCUCUGAAGCCAGUUUGAAUUCCUUAGACUGGAGUUAUGAAGACUGGACCGCUAUUCUUAAUGCCUCGGCUCUCAUUGGCUCCCGCGCGCCGCUCACGUGACUAUUUUUGCUCCUCUUUUGACCAAUCGGAAAGUGAAAUCACGGCAACAACGCAAGCAGUAUUUUGAACCGCAUGCAAAUGGUCACACCGGCAGCUCGGUGCUUCUUUACGGUGCGGAGGGCAGAGAUGGUCAUGGUGCACUGAAACGGCUGCGUCAGCGUUUUUGACAAGUAGUUUGUCCGUGGUGAAAGAAAGACGGGGAAAAGGAAAGUUUUUUUGGGCGGGGUAUUUAUUUUUUAAAGGAAAAUAAAACCGUUGCACUUUUUGUAGAAACAGUUCAAGGCAAUGUCAAAGGAAUGUUUCAACAUUUUGGGAAACUGGUUGAAAAAUUUGACAAUCUGAUGUGGUUUGAACCACAUGUGGCUUUUUAGUCAUUUUCACACGCCAAAUUGUUUUUUUUAAAUGUAUUUAGUUUAGCCUAAAAUCACAAAUUAGAGAGGGCUUUACAAUCUGUACACAUCCUCCUCGCAUCGGAACAAGAAAAACAGUAAGUGAAGUUGGAAGAUUCUGUCUUUGAACUUAACACCAAGAAGUCAACAGGAGUGUUUCCCAACAUGUCCACAUAUUCCUUUGACCUUGACCGCCAUGCUCUCUCACGACACUCCUGAGUGUCCAAAUGUUGUCAAAAACGUUGGCGUUGUCUCCGGGUCACCGCGUGGCCUCGCUGUGGUAUUGCAUAUGAAGUUCUUCUGUGUUACUGUGAGUGAUGGGUUUUUCCCAAGAAGCAUUUAAGCGCACAGCAAACUGUACCAGAGGCUGCAAACAUCCCGACGUUAUGACGGAAGAGAAUGAAUAAAAGCUAAACUUAAAUCAAUGUUAAGAAUCUCAAGGAUCCGGUCCUGUUUUAUGGGCCGAGUCGGCGUCGCACUCGGUACCGUCGGCCAGUUGCUCAUCCAGAUGUUACCGCUGUCAUCGCAGCCACUGAUUGAUUUGUCCCCUGUGACGAUUCCACGUCCUCAUUUCUUUCUCCUAUUUUUUUGUCAGAGGAAUUUGUAUACAAAUUAUUGAAAUGUACAGUAAAGGAGUUUUUAAAAAGACAUGUCUAUUGUAAAGGAUAAUGUGAUGUACAUUUUUUUUUUAAUUUAAGUAAAUGAAUUUAAGGUA